AUGGCUGGGGGAAACUGCUCGAGCGUGACUGAGUUUGUCCUCUUGGGCUUCACCAACCUGCAGGAGCUGCUCUUCGUGAUUUUUUUACUCACGUACAUCACCACGUUGGUGGGGAACCUGGGGAUGAUCUUCCUCAUCAAGACUAACCCUCAACUUCAUGUACCCAUGUACUUUUUCCUCAGCCACCUCUCUUUUCUGGACAUCUGCUCUUCUUCAUCCAUCACACCGAAGCUCCUGUCGGGCCUCCUUGCAGAGAGAAAUAUCAUUUCUUUCAGUGGCUGCAUCACACAGUUUUUCUUCUUUGCAAUAUUUGGCACCACGGAAGCUGUCCUUCUGGCUGUCAUGGCAUAUGAUCGCUACGUGGCCAUCCGUGAGCCUCUGCACUACUUAACUACUAUUUCCCAUGAGUUCUGUGUCCAGUUGGUGGUGGGAUCCUACACUGCUGGGAUCCUGAACGCCCUCGUGCACACCAGUGCUCUCCUCCAACUCUCUUUCUGUGGCCCAAACCUUGUCAACCAUUUCUACUGUGAAAUCCCACCACUCCUGCUACUUUCAUGCUCUGACACCUGGCUCAACAAGAUGGUUUUGUUCGUGUGUGUUGGCUUCAUCACAACAAUAUCAUUGUUGGUCAUUGUUGUCUCCUACACCUGCAUCCUGCUCACCACCUGGAGCUUUCGUUCUGUGGAGGGCAGGCACAAAGCCUUCUCCACCUGCACUUCCCACCUCAUGGCUGUUGCCCUCUUCUAUGGCUCUGCAGCUUUCUUGUAUUUCCAUCCCUUUUCCAGGCAGGCAGAAGACCAAGGGAAAACUGCUUCUAUCUUCUACACAGUGGUGACCCCCAUGCUCAACCCUUUCAUCUACAGCCUGAGGAACCAGGAGGUGAGGAGCACUCUCAGAAGAGCUACAAACAAGUUCCUUCCCUGUGUGUAUUCUCACAGGUCCUGCUCUAACCAGACCAAAGCAGAUACCACUAAACACAGUGGAGUGAGCAGAAGAACUAAAGCUGACACCUGA